AGGUUAAAGUUAUGCUCAGGGUUGGCGCGCCAGGCGAGGGCCCGUUCACCAGUGGCUCUCAGACGUUCUCACUGGACAAGCGCAAGAAACAAGUGAGCCUCUGCGAGAACGCGCCUGCCGCUGCCAGCGCACCUGAAGACAGAAGGGUGGGGGUGGCCGCGCCGAAGAUGUUCGCCUUCGAUGCAAUAUUCUCACAGGACGAUUCUCAGACUGAAAUAUGUUCGAGCGCCCUCACUGACGUCAUCCACGCCGUCAUAAACGGAACAGACGGUUGCCUCUUCUGCUUUGGACACGCAGGACUAGGUAAAUCCUACACUAUGAUGGGGCGACCAGACUCCACAGCAGCGUUAGGCGCGAUACCAUGCGCCAUAUCGUGGCUGUUCCGAGGCAUAGCCGAACAGAGGCACAAAUGUGGCACCCGCUUCUCAGUCAGGGUGUCAGCCGUGGAAUUGUGCACCAACACCAAUCAAAUCAGAGAUUUACUGGCGCCGUAUCAGAACGACUCAGAACAGUCCCCUGGAGUAUAUCUCCGUGACGAUCCACUGUUUGGAACGCACUUGCAAAAUCAAGCGGAACUACGCGUACACAGCCCUGAGAAAGCAGCUUUCUACUUGGAUGCAGCUCUGACUACGCGUGGUGCCCGAGAAGAAGGAAAAGACAGCCAUCUACUGUACACCCUACACGUGUAUCAAUACAGCGUCGGAGGAAAAGGCGCUGUCGCUGGAGGGCGCAGCCGGUUACAUCUCAUAGACCUGGGGAAUUCUGAACGAGGAAAAACCAACGGAGGAAUUCCAUUAUCCGGCUUAGGAAAUAUUCUAUUAGCUAUAUUUAACGGCCAAAGGCACUUACCGUACAGAGAUCAUAAUCUCACACACGUGCUGAAAGAAUGUCUUGGCUCAUUAACGUGUCACACUGCUAUGAUUGUGCAUGUAUCGCCUAACGUACAAAAUUAUUCUGACACAUUAACUACCUUACAAUUAGCUUCAAGAAUACAUAGAUUAAGGCGACGAAAAGUAAAAUAUUCUUCAAACAACAAUGCGGGGUCGGGAGGUAGUUCUGGCGAAGAUGCAUCCAAACCUAGUAGCAGUGAACCAGACCCGUCUAGUAGUGAUCUUUCUGCUGAUACGGUUAUUUAUGUAGGUCCGUUGGACGAUGCUACAGAUGGAGAACAUCCACCCGUUUAUAUACCACAUAUCAAUUCUGGUGAUAACAGAUGUGUUUUAAGUAAAGCAUUAAGAGGUUCCGCUGCUGAACAAAGGCAUAAAUCGUCAUUAUCAAAAGUUGUUGAAGAAAAAAGUCCUAUACAUAAACCACAUGCAUCGCCUAAAGCAUCACCUUUAAAAACUGCAAUACCAAGUAUAAACACACAAAAAUCUUCACCUAUUCAUUCUUCCACUCCGAAGGCCACUCCUACGAAAAAACCUUGUCAAAAACAAUUUUCUGAAGAAGGUAAAGGCACUAGUGAUGAACAGUGGAUCGACGGACCGAGAAUAUCAAAAUCUAAAUUAGUUGAAGCGCGUCACAUAAUUAAAGAGCCACAAUGUAAAAAACGUGAGACAUGGAUUGAUGGUCCUAUGCAAGAGACCAAACAUCCUCUACAAUUUGAUCCUUCGAUUCAAUCAAAUACAGUACCCCUUCAAAUCAGUAUCUUAAGUACCCAAGGAAAUGAAAAUAUUGGUUAUGGUUAUAUGGAUAGCCACAAGAAAAAUAUGAUACGAAAGUGGGUUGAAAAUCAAACAUCACAAAUACACAGGUCAAGACACAAUUCACCUAGUCACAAAGCUAGUGUCUCUAAUAAAGAUCCUAUCUUACGAAUGUCAGAAGAAGAAAUAAUGGCGUUAAGAUUAGAGCCUAUGAUGAGAGACGCAGUUAGGAAAAUACACGUUGAGGAAUCUACUAUAAGAACAGGGCUAAAAGCUGGUUCCAAAGGUAUAGCUAUUGAAGAAGAAAAUAUAGGUCCACCUAUAAAUGAUUCAAACUCAUUAUUGAAAAGAGGAAAUGCCUCUAAACCUUCCACCAAAACUGAACCGGAAGAAGAUGAUGAUAGUGAAGAAUCUGCUGAAAUUCCCCCAGCAUUGCCAAUAAUGCAGCCUAGUAGUUUAAAUAGUAGAGAAGUGUCAAUGGAAAGCUUAGAUAGCAAAUAUAAAGAAAGAUUAAGAAUGAACGAUGAAUUAGUUUCGAAUCACAGCCGAGAUAUUGACGCUCAAGGUAUGAGUAAAGGUCCAAUGGAUGAUGAAGAUGAAAUUUUAGAAAUAAUUGAAGUAGAAGAACCAUUAGAACCAGUCCCAAUGCAGGAUUCUUGUCUUCAGGUUACAGAAGAAGACAUAGCUUUUUGCAUGGGAUUUUCAGAAAAUCCCUUGCCUGAAGUCGAUCAAGAAGACUGUGACGAUCAUCCUCUCAGAAUUUUAAGUCAAGAAAAUUUAACAGUAGCAUCCACAUUUACUGAUACUUUAUCUUUGUACAGUGAAGUUGAACGGCAAAUUAGAAAUGAAGCAUAUCUUAGACAAACAAUGGGAUUUUAUGUCGAGAACUUUAGUUGCGAACCUAUUGGUGAUAUUAAUCCACACCAAAGUUUACAGUCAUCUAGAUCAAGAAUUGACGAAAUUAUAGGUUUAGCAGAAUUAUAUGGUUCUCGUCGAAUAUUAGAUAAUAAUCACUCACCAAUAUCAAGAGUAAUUGCGCCACAAUUUCAAUCGUUAUCUCUAUCUAAUGUUCGUGAUACUGAAGAAUAUCAUGGUGAUGGAUCAGUUUAUAGUGAACCUGCAUACAGACCGAGUGACAAAAUUUGUGAUAGUUGCAGAAGGUCUAUGUCCAGGCCAGGAAGUGCGGUAGGAGACUGUGCAUAUCAAGAUUUGGAUGUUACUCAUAAUGAUUGCUAUGGACCGUUUGAAAGAUACAGGGGAAAUGACAUUACCGAUGCAAGAAUAGCAUCUUUAAGACAUCCAGAUGGAGCAUCUGAUCCGAAUUUACGGGAAGAAAGAAGAAUGCCGGGUAGCGGAGCACCGUCUGCGACUACUUUUCAAGAUUUAAAAUCAAAUUUACACCUUGAAGUAACGCCACCUGUUGUAACUACUGAACCACGAUUAGACAAAAGUGAAAAGAGUGACAGAGGUAUAGCACGUGUUGUAGCGAGUACUAAGCCAGAUGGUUAUGACAGUGGUCAUGAGUCUACUCCACGGACAGGAAAACAUAGUCCAGCUGCAACUUCUCGACGUGCUGAAUCAGGAUACGACUCCGUUCCAAGAGAUUCCGAUGCAUCAUCUUUAGAUUCGUAUCCAACGAGACGGGCGGCGGUUGCAAGAGCACACGCAAAGAAACAUACGACCGCUAAAUACAAACAACACAGCGAUCGAUCUUUUUGCUCUUGGUUAAGAAACCCUUUCACGUGUAAAUAUGCUGAUACAGACCCUGAAAUUAGCGACUUUUAACAUAACUGUUUAUAUCACAACAAAAUGUUUUACUCUUUGUAAAAUUUUAACUAAUGUUUACGUAUCAUUAAGCUACGUUACCGAAUUUAAUCUGGAGACUGUUUUUGUACUCUAGAUAUACUCGUAUUUAUAAUAGCUUUGGCACUUAUCCAAUGAGGUUACCACUGUAUUUUUCUAAACAUAAAGAAGGCUUCUAUCUAGCUCCAGUGCUCUAAAUAUUAAUGUAACUUAGUAAUAUUAGAUAAACUUGACAGUUAUGUAAAUAUUAAAAGUGUUAUGCAACGAACCUCAAAGUAUUGUGUUAUAAUGUCUGUAACUCUUGCUCAUUUUGUACUUUUAUACUAUCACAAAAGAACAUAAUUUUCUGUAGUUUUGUAAGAGUAUACCGUCAGUAGCGAUGUUGUCAUUGCUUUUAUGAGAACCCCUAAAAUCAAGAUGAAGAGUCUUCCUCCGUCUUCCCUACCUUUUCUACGCCAUAUCGUUGAAUAAUCGCUAUAUUUUCUAUGAUCUAUCAAAAUUUCACUAACCUCAUUAACUGGAGUUAUCCCCUCGCAAUCUCUUUUUGAAUAAAUAUAGUAAAUACCUAGUUUGAUUUCAUUUUUUAUACCAAUUGUAAUUCCGAAAGAGAUUGUGGUGAUAAUGUAAUAAUAUUAUUGACUAAAACUUGUUUUAGUACUAAGACUGUUGUCCCAUUGGCCAUGUGUUAUAUAGCUUUAAUAUUUUGAUAUUGUAUCUAUAAAACGUUCACUAUUUCGAUAUCGGCCUGUCCGUUUUGUAUAUAUAAUAAAAUGACACCCGUUUGCAAUCAUUACGGCUUUAUGAAAUGUUGGUGACUCGGUUAUCGCUUUAUAUUAUCGAUGUUCUGUUAUUAUACGAUUAAUAUUAUAAAUAUAUAUCCAAAAUUUUACUAUGCGUUCGUAUUAGUUCACAAUAAAUUGUUCAAUUUC